AACCAGCCAUCCAAAAGAGUAGGAAAAAAAUGUAGCUAAGUACGUACAUAAAUAUUGAAUUUUCCGGUGAAACACCGUAUAAUAAUCAACUAUCAAGACGGUCGUAGUCGGUAGUAUCAUAUUAUAGUUCUAUGGUAAUUGAGGUCGUUAUAUAGUAGUAGAUACCAGAGGGCGCUGUGCGCGUUUCCACAUUAUCUAUGGUCCAAAUCAUGAUAAAAAUUGGAAACGAUAACAAUACAUAACAUAUUCAUAUUUCCAUAUAGCGAUAAGCGAUAAACGAACGAGCUCUCUCCAAUUCGAAAACUAUCGCAAACAUUUUAUAUUGCUAAUAUAAUAUUAUGUCACUGGAAUAUGGUUGCUUGGUAGCUUUUAGAAUAUUAUCCACUGUUUUCGUACAAAAUGGCUAUGUUCAUCCUGACGAGUUUUUUCAAACUACCGAAAUCAUCACCGGUGAUGUCUUCGGAGUUGUACAUGACCGCCCUUGGGAAUUCAAUAAAGAUGCACCAGUUAGAAGUAUAGGUUUACUAUAUGGAAUUUUUGGCAUGCCAUUAUAUAUUGCCAAAUGGAUUUUUAAAUUAUAUAAAAUUCCAUGGAAUCCUUUCCUAUUGAUGUUUGUUUUCCGAUUAGUCACUUGUGCAGUGUCAUUUGUAACUGAUUAUUCACUAUAUAAGUAUGACAGUAGAUAUGUAAAAUACUCAAACUUAAGUCGUAAUAGAUAUUUGUUACUUCUUUCAAGUUCUUAUGUUAUAAUUGUAUUUGGUACAAAGACAUUUACCAACUCUCUAGAAUUGGCUUUGGUAUCGCUCUUGUUGUGGAAAGUUGUUGACAGUAUGACGGUUUCAGAUAAAGUUAUAGCUGCUGAAAACGAAAUACGAAAUAUGUAUGCAUACCGUACAUCAAUAACAGAUAAAGUAGUCAUGAGCCGUAAGCUACGCCUAUUACCUAGUCAUCAUUUUUCUCAUUGUUUGGAAAUCGGUACUAUUUUAGCUGUUGGUACCUUCAAUAGACCAACUUUUUUACUGUUUGCUGUUACCCCUAUAUUCUAUUGGGUUUCCAGAGGAUUUUCUAAGAACGAUGACCGUUUUGUGAAAAUAUUCAAUAUACGUUUUAUAGUAUUAUUUCUAUGUAAUAAACUCAAUUUGACUUCAGUAUGUCACACGUAUACCUACGUUUAAUCGUAUACAAUGCAGUAUGCACAAAAAUACAAAGCAAUGCACAUGCGCGAACUAGGACGAAAACAAGGACCGUCACUCGAAGAAGGCAUCGGGCGAGCGGGCGAAGUGAGUUGCGAUCUCGUCACACAUGACUACCUGCACAUUCCCGGAGGUAUGUUGGACAUAGGCGAGGAGAUAUUGGCGGCUACUGGAAACGUGGAGGUGUACACGCCGACGGCGGAAAAAUUCUGCGGACGGAGUUUGUCCGGUCUCGCCAUCCAGGAGUUUGCGGAAAAAAUCAAAGUAAACGACCCGCUGGGUGCACAGGACAACAACACGAUCGCGACGCCGGUGACGUCUUAUGCAUCUGGACCAAUCAUUGUCAGAUUCCAUACGGACAGUGUAACCGUUAGAGAAAGAGACAUUGGAUUCUCGAUCGCCUAUCAACAACUCGGCACGGGCUGCAACAAGAACAAAAUCAGACGAUGAUUUCCGAGUUCCUCUCUUUAUAGCGUGUUCAAAACAUAAUUUAUUGGCGAUCAGAUAUAAUCUAUAAUAUCCGUGUAUAUAUAAAUAUUUUAAUAAUUUAUUUGUUAAUUUUUCCUUGUAUAAAUCUAUGAUUAAAAAAAAAAAAAGAAGAAAAACCUAUUGUACCUAUGUUAUUCUGAUUGUUUAAUUUUUGACAAUAAUAACUGAAAGUACGAUUUUA